AAAGUUGUCGGUUUAGUCUUAUAAUUCAGUCUCCCUUCUUCCCUUCUUUUGAUUUCUUUUCACUUUUACUUCGUAAGGAAGUACUUCAUGUUUGAGAUUAACAAAGAAAAUGGAUUUAAUCAAAAACAAUUGUGCAUUAAUUAGCAACACAUUGGAUCAUGCAUGUCUUUUAUAAACUUAAGUUGAAGAACAUGCAUUGAGUAUGCUUCUUGCUGAAUGUUGAUGGGGGUUUCCAUUAGACAAACCUUUCCAAUUCUCAUAAUACAAGACAAUGCAAUCACCAUGGAUAAGAGACGCCGCAAAAGCCUGCUGUUCCGGUUGUUGUCCGAAUCCAUUUCCAGGACUUCCCCAGUCUCAUUCUGCGACGUCUGAGACUCCGAUCACCGCGGCGGAGGCAUUUCGAUACAAGUUUGAGGUAAGCACGGUUGCUACUCUCUACCCAAAUUUCAACUUCACCAACCAUGAAUCCCUUCCUUCAUUUGAGGAAACUUUUUCUUAUUUCAACAAAGUGUACCCUCAAUAUUCCCAAACGGAUGAAGCUGACAAAAUCCGAGCUCAUGAAUACUAUCAUCUUUCCAUCACCAACCAUGUCUACCUUGAUUACAUUGGCCAUGGCCUUUUCUCUUAUUCUCAGCUUGAAAAUCAAUGUCCAGGAUCUCCUGUUACUUCAUCAUCUUUAGAGUCCCCAUUUUUUGAUGUUUCCUACAAAUCAGUAAGCUUGAAAUCUCAGCUAUUGUAUUGUGGUGAAGAGUCGGAAUUUCAGUCCAGUAUGAGGAAAAGGAUCAUGGCUUUCAUGAAUAUCUCAGAAGCUGAUUACAACUUUAUUUUCACUGCAAAUCAAUCAGCUGCUUUCAAGCUUGUUGCAGAGUCUUAUCCAUUUCAGUAUAGUCGAAACCUUGUAACGGUUUAUGACCAUCAAAGUGAGGCCGUGGAAGUGAUGAUUGAGAGGUCUAAGAAUAGAGGAGCAAAAGCCAUCUCGGCUAGUUUCUCAUGGCCUAAUCUGGAAAUACAGACGGACAAACUGAGGAAGAAGAUAAGCAAGCGCAAGAAAAAAGGACUUUUCGUUUUCCCACUUCAAUCAAGGGUUACAGGGUCGAGAUAUUCAUAUACGUGGAUGAGCCUGGCAAGGGAGAAUGGAUGGCAUCUGUUGCUUGAUGCAUCUGCAUUGGGAGCUAAAGACAUGGACACCUUGGGGCUUUCUCUCUUUAGCCCCGACUUCCUGGUAUGCUCAUUUUACAAGGUUUUUGGUGAGAACCCAUCUGGAUUUUGUUGCUUGUUUGUCAAGAAAUCCAGUACUUCAGUUCUGAAAGAUUCAACCACAAGUGUGGGAAUAGUGAAUCUUAUCCCUGUAUCAUGGCCAGCUCGAAUCCCCGAUAAACCAGCUAUAGUUUCUAGCAUUGAAACAAAAAAGAAAGUGGAUGAAUUUCCUCCUAUUCAAGGUUCAUUCUCAGGCCCCUUCUCUAUCCAACACAAGAACGAUGAAGAUGAAGCCAGUCAUGAAGUACAGAAACCUGAAGGAAAAGGAACCAAAACAAAGAAAAAGACCGUAUCAUUUUCUGAAAUUGAAGAAGUGAUAGAAGCAUCCUUUGAACCUGGUAGCACCAGCAAUACCCUUGAGAACAAAAACCCAAAAUUCGAAUGCAGAAGCUUGGAUCAUGCAGAUUCAUUAGGGGUGGUACUAAUCAAGAGCAGGACAAGGAACCUGGUCAACUGGUUGGUGAAUGCACUGACGAGCCUUCAACACCCACAUUCAGAAACCGGAGUCCCUGCUGUCAGAAUCUAUGGACCCCAAGUAAGCUUUGACCGAGGACCCGCAGUGGCAUUCAAUGUAUUCGAUUGGAAAGGAGAAAGGAUCGAUCCUACAAUGGUGCAAAAGCUGGCUGAUAGAAACAACAUUGCUUUGAGCAUUGGAACUUUGCACCACAUUUGGUUCUCGGAUAAGCAUGAAGAGGAGAAGGAGAAGAAGGCAUUGGAGACAGUGUUGUCGAGCAAUAGGAGACAUAAUUUGGGUUGUGGAAUAACAGUGGUCACUGCUGCAUUGGGAUUCUUGACAAAUUUUGAAGACGUGUAUAGGGUAUGGGCAUUUGUUUCCAGGUUCUUGGAUGCUGAUUUUUUGGAGAAAGAGAGAUGGAGAUAUAAAGCUAUUAAUCAGAAGACAGUUGAAAUCAUUUAGACUCUCAAUCAAUCAUCAGUUUAAUGAAAUCUUAUCCAACAAAAUUGUAAUCAGCCUAAUGUUGAAAUUCAACAAUCAAAGGGUUUCCAUUUAUAGUAGAUUAAAGACAGAUUUUAGUUUUCCAA